AAGGCAGCUCCCGCACUUUCUCAGUGCGACUGUCGCAGCCCGCAUUCAAAACACCGGACAAAUUAUAUUAGUGCAUGCUCAACGCAUAUGUAGCAUAUUCCGGCAAUGCUGCAUGCGUCUCGCUGAUUCAUUCCCGUGGUUCCAAUCCUGAUUCUCUUCCUAACAUCUGCCCGAACGAACGUCUGUCUAUCUCGGUUUUCCUGCUUAUGGUCUGCCGGGCUUUGUCACUCCUAGUCUCUGCAUGAAUUACUCAGGAGUUGCAGUCUACUUCAAUCGGCGACCUGUCAAUUUCAGAUAUGGCACAUUUACAGCAAACACGUUCCUCUUCGCCGUCCACUUUGUCCUGCAUCACGGUUAGGGAUGAAAGUGGCGAUGUCUCAUCUACGAAUUACUCAACUCCUCCCACAAGUAAUCCAGACGCGUUAAGUACCCCUGCCGAGAAUGACGUGUCCGAUAUUCUGUUACAAAUCAAAGGUCGCCCAUUACGAGCCCGACGAAGCCUGAACAGCUACAAUGAAAGCAUUCUUGCCGGGACGGCCAAGAAGAGUGUUUCGGGAAGAACGACCAACAUUAGCUGUGCUACGGACAAGGUAUUGACCGGAGAUCAGGUUGACCUAAAUACUAUAGCUGGACCCAAAGUUCUGGACUCAAUACGGCGUAUAACAGAUGACUCUCCCAAAGAAGUCCACAUCGUCUCUAUAGAGAAGGUCAUUGAAGAUCCGCUUCUUGCUGCUCCUCAUAGAAGGAGAUCUACGCGCUUGAGCCUUGCUGCGCGUGCUACAGAAAGGGUCGUAGCUGCGAAAGACGGCGUCGACGAAGAAGAGGGCAUGCACCGCGUUUUGGGCAAGCGGAAACGCAAGGCAAUGUUUGGCAACACAAGGUCUAGUACCCGGUCGAAAGCAGAGGUUAGGUGCAGUAGGCAGGGCAAUAAAACAGUGGUGCCCACAGACAAGAGGAGACGCGUUUCAUCAAGCUCAUCAUCUGCAGAAAUUAUGAAAGAUGAAACAACAACAUCCAUUUCGGAAUACCAGAGAGUAAAGCGCUGGCUGGCCUGCGGAUUGUAUGUCGGUCAGGAUUCUAACACGAGUCCCCGGGCGGCUUCGGCGAGACGACGAAGCAAGUACUCCUUGCCUUCUGCGCCAAAUCAGCGGAAAUUCUUGCCGUUGCCAAUGUUUACGGGCAAGCGAGUCGUUGAAAACGGCCGGGAUUUUAGACUGCCAUUCGAUGUGUUCUCGCCUUUACCUCCAGGUCAGCCAAAGCCAGAGGAGUGGCGUAGGACACGGAAGAAUGUUUUCAUUGGUGAGGCGGCAAAUAUUUGGAAAAAACAUAAGGUUCAGGAACUCUCUCGCUGCAUUUGUACUCCAGAGACAGGUUGUGGGGAAAAUUGCCAAAACAGAUUCAUGUUCUACGAAUGUGACGAGACGAAUUGUAAUAUUGGUGCUGAGUACUGCACUAAUAGAAACUUUCAAGCGUUGAAACAAAGAUGCAAAUCUGGCGGGAAAUACCAUAUUGGUGUGGAGGUAAUUAAAACUGCUGAUCGUGGUUAUGGCGUGAGGAGCAACCGCACCUUUGAACCUAAUCAGAUCAUUGUCGAGUAUGCAGGUGAGAUCAUAACUCAAGAUGAGUGCGAAAAGAGAAUGAAGAAUGAGUACAAGAACAACGAGUGUUAUUACCUCAUGCUCUUUGACCAGAACAUGAUCAUCGACGCUUCCCGCGGCUCCAUUGCACGCUUUGUGAACCAUUCAUGUCAGCCUAAUUGCUCUAUGGUUAAAUGGACAGUGGCCGGCAAACCCAGGAUGGCACUUUUUGCUGGGGAAAGAGGAGUUAUGACGGGAGAAGAAUUGACCUAUGAUUACAACUUUGAUCCCUUCUCGGUCAAAAAUGUCCAACAAUGCCGGUGCGGAGCAUCCAACUGUCGCGGAGUCCUGGGCCCGAGGUCUAAAGAGCAAUUUAAGCCAAACAAAGAGAAAGGCACCCAGAGGUCAUGCGCCUCUAGUAUGAAGCGGAAGUUCGUUGAGACGUCCCUAUCAUGCGUCAAGGGUCAGCCAAGCAAGGCCAGGCGUGCAAAGGGGACUUCUCUUGCCUGCGCUGAAGGUGCUGGGCUUCGAAAAUCUGCGGUUCGACCCCGCAACGAGGCCUGCAAAAAUACUGUAGCCUCGCUACAUAAAAAGACCACUGCGAGGGAUAAUUCGUCGAUAUCUUCGGCAUUUCGAGCCAGAAUGACACGACCAGAUUCAAACACGAGGGUAUUAGGUGGUGGACAGAAGAAAUACAAGCUCGCCUCUCACCGUGCUCCGAGAACGGCUUCGAAGGCUCCAAAUGCAAGCAGAGAACCCCAAGCCCAUACUAGGAUGGGCUCUGUGUCUAAAAGGGGCUCUAGAAAUUCUGUGGCGCAACGGCGAAUCGGCCUCAGAUAAUGUAAAAGAUGUUUUGCGUGCGGGACUGGAUGCUGAAAAAAACAUUUAUCAUACAUCAAAAUUGUGAAUUUUUUUCAAAUUCCAUAUAUUUGAAUGGAUUAAUUUAUUGUUUAUCUGAUAC